GCAAGUCGCCGCGGCAGUCCGAACGCAAAGCUACAACAAACCGCGUCGUCGUCGUCGUCGUCAAUCGCGUGAUUAGUGUUUAAUAAAUUAGAAUUUCGCGCUGAUUUCAGUGACCAACUAGAGUGACCAAUAACUUUACCAAUAAAUAAUGUAACACAGCGCAUAAUUACGAAAGCAUAAAAUUUAAAAAUUUAAAUUAAAGUGUAUAAAUUAAAUUUUAAAAAAUAAUUCGAAUAAAAAAACUUUUAAAUAAUAAAAAAUGAAGUGUGCAAGUGUAUUACUAUUUCUAUUCAUGAUAGGCGGUACUUGGCGCCUUGGCCGAGCCACCUGUGUCCUGGAGUCAGAUUUCGGAUUUAUACUCAACUGUGCUUUUAAGAAAUCAAGCCUCUUCCGAAUUAGAAACCUAGGGGGUGUCAAAGCACACGCUAGCCUUGGUUUCAGCCUGGGCGAUGAGCUGGGCUUCAAGGAGUCCAUCUCCAACACGGAAAUCAACCGUCGAAGAUCCGCGCAGGGAUCCAAAUUCACCGCGCAGGCUGUUUUAGCUCAACAACAACAACAAGUGCAACAGCAGGCGAAUUCGAUUGCAGUUCGUUCUGCGAAUGUAAAUGGUUAUGACACCAUCAAUACCUCUGCAAGUGUGAAGAAACCUAGUGGUUCAAGCACAGUCCCUCCGUUUAAACCUAUCCCACCUGCAGCUGAGCACCCAGCAAUUACAAAACCUAAUAUAACUCGUUAUACAAGUAACAUCCCACAACCUGCUAUUGUAGGCAUGACUGUUCCUGAAUAUCCUGUGCGUAAAACCACUGUGAAUGCAAUCAAGGCACUUCCAACCGUUCAAACACCUCCACAAAAUAUUAAUAUGAAUAUCAAUAGAAAAAGUGAUCGGAUAGCUACAGGAGGUGCUUAUCCUUACAUUUCGAAUGAAAUUGGUGGAGGUGCCAAUGCAGGUCUACCUGUUAUCAACAUGAAUGCACUACAAACUAUACUAGCUCAAGCCAACAUCUCCGAAAGCACUUUCGAAGCUGCUUUGAGACAAAAAGUAGCUCCGGUUACAACAACUACUACUACAACCACCACAACUACUCCUAGAUCUACAAGACAUAAUAUAGUUAACAUAGGGAAGGUUAUGAAUGCUCCCAAAGAAUACUAUCCAGUUGGAUAUGAUAAGAAUUUUGAUGAUAACUUUGCGUCGAGAGUAGAACUGCCUGAAACCUCGUUUUACUGCGGGGAUCAAAAACACUUCCCUGGAUUGUACGCGGAUGAAGAUCUAGGAUGCAUGGUGUUUCACGUCUGUGCAUUAACUGAUGAUGGCCUGAUAAUGAAGAGUUUCCUCUGUCCAGAGUCCACACUCUUCGACCAGACCAUCCUCAAAUGCAACUGGUGGUUCUACGUGGAUUGCAAGAACUCGAAAAAACUCUAUGAUUCAAACAUACCGAUCUCCAAGAGCUAUCAACUCAUGAAAGCCCUCACGUUCUUCUCAGCUUACAAGAAGGACGCCGCAGCGGAGGGCAGGAAAGAAAAAGACUGAUACCGCCAUCACCUCUCCUUUUAUGAUUGUUGGCAUUACUAUGCUAUGUGUAUGUGAAAAGAUGGGUGUUGAGUCAACUUAAGGUGAUGCGGUGUCCUGCUUGGUGGUUUUUAUCGGUUUAAGACACUCUAAGUCAUGGUGACAAUGGUGAUGUUUUUAAUAAUGGCGAAUCAAUUCCAAAGCGUAACGAAUUCAACGUUUGUAUUUUUAUAUAAUAGGCAGUAACUUAACGUAACUAACUGAUAUCGAAGUAUGCGUUGCGGAUUGUGCAAGCGAACGUAUUUAUUUUGUGGAUAUUCUUAUACUCAGUGUGCCUUUUAUUUAGUUUGUACAUGUUUUUAAUAAAAUAAUAUGAAAAUAA